AUGACAAUGUUGAUAGUAACAAAUGAUGAAAAAGAAGAUAUUAUUUGUCCUUUACUUAAAACAACAACAACACCAACACCUGUUUAUAAUGAUAUUAUUAUUAUUGAAUCAAUUCAAUCAGAUUUAACUUAUCAUCAUCAACAUGAUUUAGUCGUCAAUAAUAAAGAAAAAGAAAAAUCAAUUGAAAUCUCAUUGAAUCAAAAUGAAUUUCAAUCAGUAACAAUUUCAUUUUACAAUAUUAAUUAUAUUAUUGGUGAUAAAAGAGUGAAAAAUAAAUCAUUAAAUCGAUGGCAAACAAAAAUAUUCCCAUUUUGGAAUCCAAUACCAAACAAACAAAUUCUUACGAAUGACCGACAGAUUGGAAAAUCGACUCUACUUGAUAUUCUUGCAGAUCGAAAAGAUAGUCAUGAAUUAACAGGAAAUGUUCUUAUAUCAGGACAAACUCGUCCUUCUUAUUUCAAAUAUAUUAUUGGUUAUGUUAUUCAAGAUGAUAUCAUUAGUGGAACAUUAACCUUUCGAGAAAAUCUUCUUUUUUCUGUAAAUACUCGUUUACCACAUUCAAUAAAAAUGAAUAAACGAAUUGAACGUGUCAAUCAAAUAAUUCGUGAUUUAAAUCUUGAAUCAUGUGCUGAUACUCUUAUUGGAACUGAUUUUAUAAGAGGUGUAUCAGGUGGAGAGAAAAAAAGAACAAGUAUCGGAAUGGAAUUAGUUCUUUCACCUAAUCUUCUUUUCUUAGAUGAACCAACUACAGGACUUGAUGCAUGUACAGCACAGAAUGUUAUCAGUUGUUUACAUAAAUUAUCAAGACAAGGACGAACAAUUAUUUUUUCAAUUCAUCAACCUCAUUAUUCGAUAUUCAAAUUAUUUGAUAAAGUUUUAUUUCUUUCCGCUGGUCAUAAUAUUUAUUUAGGUCUAUCUAAUGAAGUAUUACCUUACUUUUCUUCAUAUGGUUUUAAUUGUGAAGAACAUGAUAAUCCAGCAGAUUUUGUUCUUGAUUUACUUAUUCAAUCGAAUAAUAAUUCUUCAAAAAAACUUCAAACAGCUUAUCUUCAUUCAAAAAUGCAUUCAAAUAUUUGUCAACUAAUAAAAAAAAAAGAUAUAAAUAUAAACGAAAAUAAAGAUAAUUAUUUAUUAAAAUAUAAUACAAGUCGAACAUAUUUUAAUGAAUUUUAUUAUGUUUCACAACGAACAUUAUGUAAUGUUCGACGAAAUCCAUCAUUAUUUGCAUCACAAAUUGUUAGUUUUAUUAUAUAUGGUUUAUUUACAGGUUUAAUUUUUAAUAAAUCAGAUAAUACAGUUGAAAUAGAUGUAUAUAAUCGUUUUGAUAUUGCUCUUGUUAUGGUCAUAUGUAACUAUGAUGCUUUUUAG